CUUACUGCUGUGACGUCAUCCCGAGCGACGGCGUGCUGUCCGCGACCGGUGGUAGUCGGUAACUGACCGGGUUCGCCGGUGGUCUGGGCUCGGUUGCUGAAGGAGGAAACGCGCGGGUUGAGAGCCGUGCGGACAAGACUGUUGGGUUCGUGUUCGGUGCUGGAGCGGCUCGUGGCGAGAUGCCUAAAGUCAAGAGGGAGAAGAAGUCGCGUGGCCUCCGGGAGACCGCGGCUGCAGGUAUUGUGUUCAACACUGGAAUUGGACAGCAUAUUCUGAAGAAUCCUUUAAUUGUGAAUAGCAUCAUUGACAAGACUGCUAUUAGACCCACAGAUGUCAUACUGGAAGUUGGCCCUGGUACAGGUAACAUGACUGUGAAGAUUCUGGAAAAAGCGAAAAAGGUAAUUGCUUGUGAACUUGAUAGCAGACUUGUUGCUGAACUACAGAAAAGAGUUCAAGGAACACCUGUUGCAAAUAAACUUCAAAUAAUGGUUGGAGAUGUGCUGAAGACAGACUUGCCAUUCUUUGAUGCAUGUGUAGCAAAUUUACCAUAUCAGAUCUCCUCACCAUUUGUUUUUAAACUACUGCUGCACAGACCAUUCUUCAGGUGUGCAGUAUUAAUGUUCCAACGUGAAUUUGCUCUUCGACUUGUUGCAAAGCCAGGAGAUAAGCUAUACUGCAGGCUCUCAAUCAACACACAACUACUUGCACGUGUUGACCAUCUAAUGAAGGUUGGAAGAAACAACUUCAAGCCUCCACCUAAAGUAGAAUCAAGUGUGGUUAGGAUAGAACCAAAGAAUCCACCGCCACCAGUUAACUUCCAGGAAUGGGAUGGUCUGGUUAGGAUAGCAUUUGUGAGAAAAAACAAGACUCUAGCUGCAGCUUUUAAAUCCAGUGCAGUUGAACAGUUGCUGGAAAAAAAUUACAGAAUACACUCUUCUUUGCAUAAUGUUGAAAUUCCAGAAAACUUUAAUAUUACUGAAAAAAUCCAGAAAAUCCUAGAAGAAACUGGAUGCAGUGAAAAACGGGCUCGAACAAUGGACAUAGAUGACUUCAUGAGUUUGCUUCAUGGUUUCAAUUCGCAUGGAAUCCACUUCUCAUGAGAGUAUUUUCUGCAACUUGACUGUUUGCUAGAUAGUUUCUAUUUUUUGUUACAGUAUUGAGAUUUACAAUCAUUUGGGAGUUUUAGAUUAAGUAAAACUGAAGCUUCCUUUGUACAUUACUGCAGCUUAAUGUAAGUUUGCACAGGUAUGCCCAGUUCUGGAAGUAGAUAUAUAAUAUCUGAACAAUAUUAACAUGGAACAUAUGCUAAUUUUAAAUUUGUAUAUUUGUAUGUAUUUUAUAAUAGCUUGUCAUGUGUAGUAAGGUAGCAAAAUAAUUUCAAAACUUAAGUUUAAAGAAAAACUAAUUUCUUGUGGCACUUUUCCAUAACUGUAAUAGUCCCACUGGUAUUUGUUGUAUUUCUUUCAAAUCCAAGAAUGCAAUUCUAGAUUUGGGUUAAGGAAUAAAGUUGGGCAACUUGGUAUAGCAGAUAAGUUGAUGAUCAAUGGAUUUAUUGUAGUUAUGGAAGAGUAACUAAGCAAAUGGCUCUUAACCUGUAGGGAUAUAAUUUGACCAAUGAAAGCAGUGAGAAACCAAAGAAUAUUGGAAAUAAAUGCAAGAAUCGCCCAUUUCAGAAGCUAUGCCUUGUAGGAAUAUAUUACUAGAUUGGCCAGGGCAACAACAUUCUGAGCAUUGAACUCCAUUCACAACUGUUUAACACUUGGUAUGGUCUAAAAAGGAAUUCUAUGAAGUUGAAAACCAGGAAGCAGGCCUGACACUUUGUACACAGAUGUUAAGACUGCACAAGAUUUAAUUAAGGCUUGGGCCAUUAUUUUGGCUACAGCUAAGAUAUUAUUACGCCAUGAUAGGGAUAAUGAGGGCAUAAUUGGAACGAUUGAGAGCCAGAUUUGCAGUACAUCUUGAGUGGAUUUGUGGACGUGCGAAAACUAGAGAAUUUUAGAAAAUAUAAUUUAGUUGAAAACAAAAUGAAAGCCUUGGACAACUUUUAUUUCCUUUUAAAGUUGAUCAAUCUAUGAAUGAUUAUGGUGGUGUUGUGAAAUUGGAUACCAGUCAAUAGCAGAGAUAGGAACAUCCAUUUGUUUAAAAUGUACAGGUCAUUCCCAGGUUAAGUGCCUGACUUGUGAACAGACCCUAAAUAAAGAGCUUUUAUAAUAAACACAAAUAUAUACAUUCAUUCCUAUCAAAUGGCAGAACUAGUUUUCUUUCUUGCCCUCCUUCCCCUAUCUUAUGUGGUUUUGAUGCCAUUUAUUACACUUCUGUGGAAGUGUGGUCUGUAUAGUGAUUGGAUGGUGUAUUUUCCAACCUGGGUUCAAAGUUAGCUUGUGCACACCUGUAAAAACAUAAUGAUUGUUACAUAGAGAUGGCCUGUAAACCACAAAGCCACAUGCUUGUUUGCUGGCAUGGAUACACUGCCCAGUGACAUCUUUGUAAAUUACUUUUGAUUCUACCAUAUUCAAUUAUGGAAGUACUAACGAAUACAACAUGGUGAUAAGCACAAAUUGAUAAGUUCAACUGAACAAGUUCACUAACUCACACGCAGAAGUGGUAAUCACAUUCUUCUCAAAUCCUCAAAUUACUUUCCUUCUACACACCACGAUUGUUAUUGUGUGUGACAAGCCAACUUGUGAAUUCUAAAUUUCAACAAGUUUUUAAACUGAAGAUCUGAUGCUUAAGUUGUCAAUGUAAACUUGUGUAAUUGAUGAAAUUUGAUAGAAUUGGGAGCUUUGAAAUAAAAAUUUUAACUUGCUAGUUCUGUAUCUUAACUGACCAUUCCAAUUACAAAUCAAACAUCUGCAAUAUUAACUGCAAUUAUUUUCCAUCAUCAUUAGUCCAACCUGAGCAUUUCUAGUUUCUGUUUAAUUGCGCAUAGGCUAUCAGUCAGUUGGUUUCAUCAACAGAUGUUCCUUUUGUUGUCUCAUCCAUCUCUCUGCCAACCCCUCUGUAGCUUAAUACUGACAUUUUUUUUUGCUCUUCCCCAAUUCUAAUGAAUUGCCUGUAAUUUAAAAUGUUAACUAUUUCUCUUGCCUGCUCUCAGCCUAUCUCCAGUAUUUUGUAUUUUUUUUUAUAGUGCCUUUAAAAUUGUCUACUGCAAUAUUUGACAGACAAUUGUUUGUUUUGAUCUGCUGGAUAUCUUUCUGAUUAAAAUUUAGGUACCUAUGGCAAUUUUCAUUUGAUGCCUUGAGUUUGUCUCCAGAAGGAAUAAUGGCAGCUCAGGAAUACAAUGUGACAAGAGGCGUGAACGUACAAGAAGGAAAAUACAUUUGUUUUCCCAAGCCAAAGUCUACAUCAGCAAUAAA